ACCCUUUUUAUUUCAAUGAUUUCGUCAGCGUGAAGCAAUUGCCAAGUAAAGAAUGCCGAAGGAUAGGAGUUGGGUUCUGCUAGACGACCAUCGACUCGACGCAUUUCAAAAUGGCUGUGUCGAAUUUCUAGAUUUCGCUUUAAAAAAGGCGGCCAUUGAUGACAAAAUAAGGUGUCCGUGCAGAGACUGCAAGUGUCGCAAAGUCGGCGACCGUGAAUUUGUGCACAAGCAUUUGCUUUGGAGGGGUUGGGACAAAUCUUACGGUCAAGGUCAAUGGAUCAUGCAUUUGGAGUCGGACGAAGAAUACCAACGUUGUGGCGAUCCGGUUUGUGAGGAAAUGAAAGAAAACGAAAGUAAUAAUCCACGAAUGGCGAUUUCGGCAGACCACGAUCUUAGUAGUAUCAACGAAUGGACCAAUAAACACCUUAAAAGAAUUGUCAAGAACGCUACUUUGUCGACUAAGUGCACCGAGUCAUUGGAGGAAUCCGUGGCGUCUACCGCUAAUGGUGGUGCGAUUAAAAAGCAACUAGGCGUAGAAAAUCCCAAACCGUGUGAAAUUUUAGAGGCUCGGGAAAGAGAGUACGAGAACUAUUUAAAUGGCGGAGGUUGUGAAAGUCCAGCCAACGCAAUAAUAGUAUGUCAAAAGGUGUUGGGAAAGAGCAAAAAACGUAAAUUUAAACGAUCAAACACAAAGAAACUUGCAAUAAUAUCAAGAAAAAAUUCCGAUCAAGACGAUCGAAUCCGAUCUUUAAAGGAACAAAUGCAGCGUUUGGAUGAGAAGAUAGCCAGGUUGGAGAGCACUAUAACCGAAUUACGGAGCACCGUAAAGUACCUAACCGAGAAUCUCGAGAAACAAGGUUUUGUUCUACCCAAUAUCCCUCUAGCAGGCAUGAACAAAGAAGAUGGAAAAUAAACUGCAGAUUUGAUUGCUCUUUUGUAAUGCAAUGGUAAUCUUUUUUUUUUUUUUUUUAAUGUAUUUUUUAACUCUGUCUUUGUAUCUGUUGAACCUAAUGGUUGAUUCGAAUGUGGUGCGAUGGAAUCUUUAUAUUUCGUUACAACUUUUGCGAUGA